AUGACAGAACCAGACGUAGCCCCUAAGGGGAAGGUCUUUUCCCUUCGAAUGGAAGAUGUCAACGAGAAUCCAGAGGAACUUGUUGCUAUGAGAGGUGAAGGAAGAUAUUUUGGUGUCACAGACACUCAUGAAACUAUCUGCGCCAAUUGUCAUAGAAAAGGCCAUAAACGCCAGCAAUGUAAAGUGGUAGUGUGCCACAGUUGUGGUGCUGUUGAUGACCACUAUUAUACACAAUGUCCACAAUCAGUUGUCUGCUCUAUCUGUGGAACGAAGGGCCACUUCCGGAACAACUGCCCUGACAAAGGCAAGAUGCGAAAUUCAUACUGUCGUGUAUGUGAUAGUAGAGCACAUUCGUCUGAUAGAUGUCCAACGAUAUGGAGGUGCUAUAUCACCAUCAAGACAAAAGAUAAGAUUGGAAUGCCUCAGAUAUGGUGCUAUAACUGUGGUUCAAAAGGACAUUUUGGGGAUGAGUGUCUUCAGCAGCGAUCAUCUCGUACCCCAAAUCUAAAUGGUAGUUCAUUUAGCGGUGGAAACCUACCAAAAUCUCUGCGAAGUCAAUAUUAUUCAACAUUAGAUGGUCGUCGAUCCACCAGCUCAUACAACUAUUCUGCAGUGCCUCCUCCGAGGUAUGGUAGCGGGAAAAGAGACUCAGAAGACCCAAGGGGAGACUCCAGGCCUCAAAAACGAAACCACAGAGGACACAACCGAGAUGAUGGGCCACCAAUUAAGAAGGGCCGUCUUCCUCCUCCUAGCCAAAUCACCCGAGAACCACGUCGUUAUCCCUAUAAUUCAGGGAAUCGAAAUUCUAAUAUUAAACGAGGAUUCUUGCCCCCGAGGAGGUGA